AUGGCGCCAGCAACAGUCAGGAGAUCUCCCUAUAAGGAUUUCCUACAACCCGCGUUGCAGCGGCGCUUUGCGACAGCGAGCUUGUGCGUGUUGGCCAUCGCAUACCUCCAGGCCCUGUUCUUGGCGAGUUGGAGCUCCUGUCCUACCGGUUUCCGCGCCGUCUCCCUCUUCUUCUGCGGUAUCAUCGUCAUCAUCCUCCGAAUCUCCCAAUACCACCCUGGGCUACGCACAUCCGACUCGGGCGUCCACACCUUCUUCCGUUAUGCGCCCAGGCUAGAAACUGCCGAAACAAUCCUCACAUAUACCCUGUCUGCGUUCAUCUUCGGAUUCAUCUACCUCUGGUCGCUGUCGGACGCGUCGGGGCUCGAGUUCGUCACCUACUUCACCGCCGACCGAGCAAGGCUGAACGAGAAGCCACUCUUCCUGAUCUCCCACUUGGUGCUCCUCGGUGUUUAUCAGGCACUGCAACACCUCUUUAGGGAUGUCGACCGGUUGUCUCUUGGGGUGGCGAGACCACAGAAUGGGGACGGCAAGUCGGAGGAAGGGGACGUGUCCCACCAGGUGCGCCGGUUCAGAGACCAGCUCCCUGCGAUGCUGGUAUACACGCUCAAUCACUCCAUUAUCGGCAUGAUCGUCAGCUGCGUCCUCUACCCGUUGACGGUGCGCGGCACGAUCUGGAAGACCACCCUGGUUUUCCUGCGGCCCAUCUACAGCCUACCCCGGAGUAACAUGCUCCCUUCUUCGCUCCCCUACGCCGUCCCUGCCAUGUUUCGUUGCUUUCUCGUGGGCCUGGUUCUCAUGUUUGCCUGGACUGCCGCCAAUACGGCUUUCUCGCUCUUUCUGGUUAAGCACCCGCUGAAGAAUGGGAGGCCGUUGACGUCGGACUCGAAGGACCCGAACGGCAGUCUCCUUAAUGGGUUGAAGAAUAAGAAACUUUCCAUCAAGUGCUUCGCCAUGUGGGAGCUGGCCUUCAUUGCCCGCGACUUUUCCGACCGUCGCAAGUCCAUUUACGAAGACAUCGAGCGGAAGGACGGGCCCAUGUGGUCACAGGUCUACAAAAUCUGCAUCGACACCAUCAAGGCCAUGGAAACCAGCAUGGACGCAUACACCGCCCCGCCUGCACCCCCCACCAGCACCGACGCAACUCCUGAACAACUACAGCAGCAACAACAAAAAGCCCGGACUACCGAACCCCCCCGGGAUGAAGAAAUCUUCCAGCCUAUUCCCCAGCGCAAGGGGCUCCGCAGCCAGGUCGAAAAGGCCGUCAACCAAGCGACCUUGUCACCGGGGCAAGGCUCGCAGCUCUCCCCCACGGCGAAGCGGAUGGUCGAGUCCGCCAAGCAGCAGCUCCUCAAGGCCCAGAAAGAAGCCACUGGGACCGAGGAUACACAAGGCCUCUUCAAGGACGCCGCCCUCCGCGUGCUGGGCUCGCCCGCCGGGUGGCCUUUCCGCCAGCAGUACCGCCGGCGCCUCGCCAACGCCGUGUUUGGGUCGCCCUACGGCGAACCGAGCCUGUACGUCAACACAGCGUACGCGCUGUCCGGCCUCGCUGUGCAUUCGCUCCGCGAGGACAAGUACGGCCACGUGCAGCGGGACGUUGCCACCAUCAUACGGACCCUGACGACCGUCACCAAAAAGCUGGAAGGGUUUAGCAAUUCUCUAGCGGACCACUGGACCGACGUCGGUGGGGAGAGGUCAUGCCCCGAGGUGGAGGAGGUGUUGGCCGCGCUGCGGGAUGCGCUGGAGAGGCUGGUCAACGCAUUUGGGCCGUACGCGAGGGAUUUGAGGUUGAGUCUGGCCGAUAUGAGGCAGGCGAGGGAGGCGGCCGGGAUGGUGGGGACGGAUGGGGAGAUGAGGGAGGUUGCAAGGGGUACAAGCUGA